GGAAAUUUGAAACUGGGCGGCGCUGUCGGCUACAGCUGUUAACAGGACACUUUCGGCUAAUUCAUCUGUGCCUAGAUGAAUAGGCUGCAUCAUUUAACGUUAGUCUUAUGUGUAACGAAGAGAUUGAUUUAUAAUGGAUCACUUCAGAGAUCAGAGUCUAAAUCUGGACUCUCCAUCUAAACAGAGUUAUGUUGGCAGUUAUUACCAACCUCCAGAGAAGCUGUCAAGACCCCUGUACAUGAACACAGCCACACAUCCACAGGAAAGAAAGAGCUCAGGUGUGCAGGACAUCAGCCCACAGCUUUAUCAAACAGUACCUGAUGCUGGAAGCAGAGCAGUGAUAGCAGCCCUGAAAACACUGCAGGAGAAGAUGCGGCGCUUGGAGCUGGAGAGAGUUCAGGCAGAGGGGAACGUCCAGCAUUUCUCUAAGACUGUUCGACAUCAGGUGGACGCUUCUGCACAGAGAGAACCGGAUCACAGCACACAAGAGAAUCAUUCUACACAGAGGAAAGAGCUGGUUUCCAAGCUUCAUUCCGCGGAAACACGCUGCUCUCUGCUGGAAAAACAGCUUGACUACAUGAGGAAAAUGGUGGAGUGUGCAGAGAGAGAGAGAAUCAAUCACACAGACAGACAGGAGUCUGUGUGUAGGGAAAGCACACAUACAGACCCACAAAUGCAGACACAGCUCAACAAAUUGGAAAGACUGGAAAAGGAGUAUUUAAAACUCACCAGUACACAGUCUAUAGCUGAGAGGAAGAUUGAGCUCUUAGAACAGAAACUUUUAGAGGAGCAACAUGAACGCAAACUUGUGCAGGAGAAAGCAGAGGAGUUGCAGCGAGAGUUUGAAAACAAUCUCCUCUCCCUUUCUGCUGUGACUCAACCUAAAGGCAAGAAAAAGAAGAAAGAAAAGGCCUCUUGCAAGAAACCCUCCUCGGUGAAGGUGGAGGCGCCUCCCACUCCAAAGGCUAAACGCCUCCCGUUUGUAGCUGGAACGUCGACCAGUCCCAGUCACUCAGUCAAUGCCAAUGUUCAGAGUGUUUUGCACCUGAUGAAGCACAGAAACCCACGGCUGUGUGAGCGAGUCAGCGCACUGCAGAAGUCAGUUUCUGAGAACCAGCAGGUCCAGCGCAGACCUCCAUCCUCCCCCAGCAAAGCAACGUCCACACUGGGCAGCCUUUCUGAUCUUCUGCUCGCCCUUCAGGAUGAACUGGGACAGAUGAGCUUUGAACACCAGGAGCUGGUCAAGCAGAUAGACGAGACCUCUAAACGAGAGCUUCGUGACGAUCUGGAGCGAGAGCUGGACUGUUUGGUCAAGAGAAUGGAGGAGAAAGCAGCUCAAAUCUCAAAACUGCGAAAGCAUCAGCAAACAGUUCAGAAACUUUCCCAGCCAUCCUGUAGCCCCAGGCAAAAGCAGCAGAAGCAUCGUAGGGCUGCCAGUGUAGAGGGCAAAACCAGGGCACAGAGUGGGGUACAACCACUGCCACCAUCCCCUGUCAAAGCCUCGGCCAGCACGGGACAGAAAGAGAGCAGUCAAGAGUCCCUGAGGCUCCUCAGAGAGACACAGAAACUGUGCUCUAGCCUCCGCAGACAGCACAUUGCAUGGGAGACAUAGUUACAUUGUCCUGAAACACACAUCCAGGCUUAGAAGAGUUACAGCACCUCAAGAGGACACUGGAAUGAUCCCUAAUAUUUGCCCUCAGAAAACAUGAAUUCAUCUGAUUUUACUCAGAAACCCAAAUAACUCUGAACGACUUUCACAAGUUUUUUAAUUUGUUUUUAUUUCUGUUAAUAUUUUUUUGUUUGAAUAAGUUGUAAAUAAAAUAUCUACAUAUAUUUAUAGUACAGACCAACUUGGCUUUUUAUUUAUCUGUAGUCUAAACUUUGAUCACUUUUCACCAUCCUAUACAGUUUUAACACAUUUUACACAGUCACUAAAAAAUGAAAGAAGGCCUGUUGGUAAGACUUUUUAUUUAUUUCACCUACUCCAAGUGUAAGAAAGAAACACCAGGAAAGGUAGUGACGGUGAUGAAAAACGUGAGGGGAAAAAACAAGUGUUCUUGCAGCAUCAGCUUUUGUGUGGUUUCUUUCUUAUGUGAUUUACAAUCAACUGACACAUUGUUUCCUACACAGUUUCCGCAAACAAAAUGAUUUCAUUCUUCGACAUCUGAUCUUGUUUCAACCACAAAUGACGACGGUCACCAGAUUUACACCUUGAAAAACCAUGAAUGUGAAAAAAUAUAAAAGGAGAGCAGAUGACAAAAAUUAGCAAAAGAUAUGUAACCAGGCAGAAAAGAUGGACUGUUUUGUUCAUACAGUCUUAUUGGAUUAUACUCUGUGACACAGUACAGAUUAAAUCAGAAUUGCAUAAACUCAUUUGAAUACAGGAAGCACUGGCAAACACAAUGUACAGUAAUAUUGAUUCUUGGAGCUCACAAUCUUUGAUUAUGGGAUCGGCGUGCUAACCAGUUUUGACUAGUUGUUAUAGUGCAAAAUGUCCUUAUAAUACUGUAUUUCUCUUAAAUGAUUCAUGACCUUUAUAGUCAUCUUUUCAGUAGUGUGGUACGAGGGAAAACAUUGAAUUCCAACACAUGCACAUCCUGUCCAGAGAAGAAAUCUAGGCAUUUGAUGCAAAGCAAGCAAGAAUAGAGCUGACCCUCAGGGUGAGCACAUAUCCUGUUAGUUAAACAUUACAGUGUGUGUGUUUUAAGGACUGUUUUCCAGGACACGGUAACAUUGAAAUAGAUUAAAUAUAGUCCAGCGAUUAAAAGAUAUUUAAUGAGAAUUCUAACUGGACUUAUGUAAACUUAUUUCAAGGCUCUUUAUUCUCCAUAAUAAGUGUUUCUCCACCUCUACAUACCUUAGAGUAUUAAUGUUUUGUGUGUGAAAUAACUAAAUACAAUUAUAUACUGGAUAAUUAUACCACCUCUAGCUGCUUUUAAAAAUAAAUGCCAAAAGCAUCACUAAAAACCCUUUACACUGAAAACACAAUCCUUAUAUUCUGCAAACAGUGGCCUGUGGAAGCCCAUUUCCACUUCAGACGAGAUAUAAUUUAUAAUUGUGAAAAAAGUCACUUUGCCAGAUUUAAUGGUGCAUCUCUGGAGAUAUAAAGUCAUAAUUAACUUUAUUUACUCUUGCAGUUGGAAUGAACCUCUAUGGUGGCUGAAACCAUACGGUAUAUGUAUGGAGCUGAUAAAAAGAGCUGAUAAAAUGUAAAAACUGUAACUUGAAUGCAAUGUAAGUCGCUUUGGAUAAAAGCGUCUGCCAAAUGCAUAAAAAUAUUUAAAAAAAAUAUAUAAAAAAAAAAAAGAGUAAAAAAUAUGGUAUGGUAUAUAUGGUAAACCAAAAGGUGUCAGUCACAAAGGUUUCUUAAAGAAAAAGACAACAUAAAACAACACCCACAAAUGUUUUACAAUACUCAAACUUUAAUUAAUUAAUCACAUUUCCAACCUAAUUGCGAAUGCAGAUCCGAAACAAGAGAAAACAAGAACAAAAGAAAGACUUCCAGAGAAAUAAAACCAACAUAGAGCAUAAAACAAUUAAGGCAGACUUUCUGGACACAGACGCAACAGUAAGCGUCUUCUAAUUGACAAGAGCGUAUGUGGGCCAUGUGCAUGUUUAUGUGAAGCACAAAAAAAAAAAAAAAAAAAAUAAAAAAAAAAAAUGCACUACUGGACAACAGGCCAAAAGGUAAUUACAGUCAUUAUAAAAUAAAAUAAAAAAUUAGUAACUCAGUUAAAUCUUAGCAAUUAGAAAAACAAACUGGUGGCACAAGCAAGAUGCUAUACUCCAUGUUCCUCUCAUUAUCCACUCACAACUUCAAUAAACCAAAGCUUCACUCUAAAACAUUCAAGUCCCUUUGAGUGCAAGUCUUCAUGACAAUAGUAAUCUUCAUCAUCUAAUCUUAAAUAAUUAAGGCACUUCAUUUUCAAAAGGUGCAGCAAGGAAUGCAACACAUGCUCAGAGCGAUGACAGAAUAUGGUUAUGGCUGUUUCUGUGGAAAUCUGAUGCACGCAUGCACACAAACAAAAGGCAUAAGUAAUCAAGGCCACAGACUACUUGAAGUUAGGUUGAAUUCUCUGAGUGAGAGGAUUUUGAGCCAUUUACCUUCUCAAACAUUAGCAUCCUUCACUGAGCUCUGAAUAUGGAAUUAAAACAAAUAUUUCACCCAAAAAUGUAGCAUGUCCUUUACAUGCACAGCUAAAAUCCAUUUGCAACUAAGUGGGAUCUUUGGAUGUAGCCUGAUGCUAAACAGACAAUACUGUGAUGAGUUGUGUAAUUGUGUUUUAUGUUAAUUGUUGAAAAAGAAUACACAAUCGAAACACAGCGCAGUCUGAACUUUUCUUAAGUAAACAGUGUUUUCAAUUUGGCAAAGCUGAAGCGAAAUGGCAAACAACAGGAUUUCAUCUGACUACACUAUGAAGCUUGUGAAGCAUUAUAGCAGCUUUUCAGUGACUCAUGCUAAAAUAGACACCUUUGGCAUUUAAGCACCGUGAUACGACAAUGGACAAGCAAUUAGAGUGGUUCAACAAAGAAAGUGAGGCCUUAACAGUCAUCUUCUGAAAAACAUGCUGGGAAUGGGAAUGAAACACUUAACAUUAGGAUGUCAACAAAGCAGAUGAAAACGAAAGCACGCACCAAACAAAACAAUUCAUUUCUGCCAUUACAAAAUUUGCAACCCAAAUAACGCAAAUCACUUCCCAAGCCAAUGACAUUCCAACUCGCAGAGGAAGUUAUUAGCAGCAAGCUAAUCAAGAUUAUUACAUUUCAAAUUUCAUAACACAGGAAUGAAGGGGAAAAAAAUAUAUAUAUAUACAGGCCCUCGGCCUAUAAACGUGCCAACACACUACCCAGACAAAUGAUUUUAUGAACAGAGUACCAAACGAAAUACGCUCAGCAAGGCAGGAAUUAGUUGUAGUGUAGGUCAAUUCUGCAUUUGAAUCAAAUCUACCCAAAUUCAGUAACUAUAUUUAAAAAAAAAAAAAAAAAAAAACCAAA